AGCAUUUAUUUUAAAUCAAAGUCAACCAAUGGGAAAUAACCAAAACUAUCGUUUGAUGCCACUGAAAUAACAUAAAAAUUCAAGUAGCGAGUUAUAUAAAAAUGUUGCUAUUUCGACUGACUCUGCUGUUAUCCUUAAUCUGCUACCUGGCAGCAUAUCCUGUGGAGGUGCCAGUGAAGCCAGCAGGACAAGAGAAUCGUGUAGCACUUGAUCCAGCUGAUUAUCCUGAUUUAACCAACGGCCUAAGCGAUGCUGAAGUGGAGUCGACGCUCAACGGACUUUCGUUAGAGGAUCUAAAUGCACUCAACAAACUCUUGGAUGAUGCCAACAAUGGACCCGUUGAAUUAGAGGCGAGUCUAAGGGGUCAUCAUAGGCAGGCAAAGAAACAGCACUACGAAGAGAUGGAGAACACCGAUGAUGAGCAAUCCGUCAACGACAAUUGCCACGAUGAGGAUGAUCUGGACAAGGAGAGGGAUCCGUGCACCGUGCGACCCAAGUGCAACAAGCAACCAACUUGCCCCACCACAAAGCGUUGCACUUCGACCAGAAGAUGCUUUACCACAUCCUGUAAAUCUCUAGAUGGUCUGCUGAACAUUAAUUUCGACGGGGAACGCAGCAAUAAGAAGUAUAGAAAACUAAAUGCUAAGCCACAAGAGGAAUGCGAUCCAGAGGAUGUGUUGUGUAUACAACGCAAUCGCGAUAAGGCUAAGCAGCGACCUAAUAUGCAGGACUUUUCUGAUCUGUCACUUGAUCAGGAUCAGGGCAACAACAUUGACAGCCUCGAGAAGUUGGCAGCGGAAGCUCAUCAGGAUCAAUCUUUGGAACUGCACAAAGAUUUAGAUGGGUGGCAAUCUAAAGGUGAACCUUCCGCAGAUAUUUUCAACAUGGAUCCCUACAAAGUGCCCAAUGUAGAUAGCAAUGGCAAUGCGAACGACCUAAAAGAGUCACCCAAGCUGACAGGCUUGAUUGCCGAGGACGAGGGACAACCAGCACAGAGCGAGGAGGAAGCCAAGCUAGGGGAGGCUGAGUCUCCUUACGAGCGACAUCAACUAGCACGCGUGGCCCACGAGGAUCAUUUAAAGGCUGACGAGGAGCAGCAGCCUGAGGAAAUAGAGGACAAUAGACAGCUGAAUGCUGCCCCUGCGCUGUCUCAAGAAAGAUACAACGAUGAUCUCGAGGUUGAGGCAGGGGAGCCUCAUGGCAACUUGGCAGCCAACGAAGGAAAUGAAGGCGACAGUUUUAUUGCCCAAAAUGCACAGGAACCGAUGCGUUAUGUUAUCCAAACGGAUGAUGGCUUGAUCCAGAGCGAGAAUGAGCAGGGAGAGCACAGACUGCGCACGGAUAAACAACACAGCGAAAUGCUUAACUUCGCCACCUAUCAACUGGCCAAGGAAGCCAAUCCUCAGUUAGAGUUUAAGCGCUUUAAACGCGACAACAAAAAGACAGACGAUGCACCCGAGAACUCGAAUGAGAGCUAUCUGAAAAAGCUGAUGGACUCGUUUCCUCGGGAUCAGGUCAGCCAAAGCAAUCUGAACAUUGCCAUUAGGGAGGCGAAACGCGCUCACUUACGCGUCAAGCGUUGUUAACUUUCAAUUAUGAUUUAUAUUUUUUAUGCACUGAGUUCGAAUAAAAUAAAAUAAUAAUAUA